GCCUGAUUUUUGCAGCCACCCGGGCACCUAAGACUGAGCCGAGCUUCGCGCGCCGCUCCUCCUCACGGGGCCUCGAUGAAAGUUCGGUGAGCUAACUAAUGAAAGCGCAAAGCACAGGGUCAGAAACAAUAGAAGCGCCUCACCCUAGCGAUCCUUCGCUGCCAACGAGGAAGUCAAAAAGAAAAGAAGCCCGGGCCACCGGAAAGGUCUGCCAGAGGGGCGGGACGCGGGAAGCUGGAUUUGAGGCGGGGGUGACCGGAGAGAAGCCCACAGGAGCAGCCAAUCGUGCUGUCCCCGGGAGGAAGAGGAGGAGUCAGGGCCGGCCCGGGACUCCGCGCAGCACGCCCUCGCCGCCGCCACCGCUGCCCGGCCCGCUCCGCGCCCCGCGCCUCGCGCCUGCCCGCUUCCUCUGCCAGACAUGGCCUCGGGCGCCGCCACCGCCGCGCCCGUGAAGAUUGGAAUAAUUGGUGGAACAGGCCUGGAUGACCCAGAAAUUUUAGAAGAAAGAACUGAGAAAUAUGUGGAUACUCCAUUUGGCAAGCCAUCUGAUGCCUUGAUUUUGGGGAAGAUAAAAAAUGUUGAUUGUGUCCUCCUUGCAAGACAUGGAAGGCAGCACACCAUCAUGCCUUCAAAAGUCAACUACCAGGCAAACAUAUGGGCUUUGAAGGAAGAGGGCUGUACUCAUAUUAUAGUGACUACAGCUUGUGGCUCUUUGAGAGAGGAGAUUCAGCCUGGUGAUAUCGUCAUUAUUGAUCAGUUCAUCGACAGGACCUUAAUAAGGCCUCAGACUUUCUAUGAUGGGAGUCAUUCCUGUGCAAGAGGAGUGUGUCAUAUUCCAAUGGCUGAGCCAUUUUGCCCCAAAACAAGAGAGGUACUCAUAGAGACUGCUAAGAAGCUAGGCCUUCGAUGCCACUCAAAGGGGACAAUGAUCACAAUUGAAGGGCCUCGUUUUAGCUCUCGAGCAGAAAGCUUCAUGUUCCGCACCUGGGGGGCAGAUGUCAUCAAUAUGACCACGGUUCCAGAGGUCGUUCUUGCUAAGGAGGCUGGGAUUUGCUAUGCAAGCAUCGCCAUGGCAACAGAUUACGAUUGCUGGAAGGAGCAUGAAGAAGCAGUUUCGGUAGACCGUGUUUUAAAGACCCUGAAAGAAAAUGCCAAUAAAGCUAAAAGUUUACUGCUUACUACCAUACCUCAGAUAGGGUCCAUGGAAUGGUCAGAAACGCUCCAUAACCUGAAGAACAUGGCCCAGUUUUCUGUUUUAUUACCAAGACAUUAAAAGAAAGCAUGACUGCCCCCAGAAAAGAAGACUUUGUACGAAUUUUACUUAACAUGAAGAGUGGGGGAAAGACAUGCCCUUGCCUACAACAGAAGAAGAGUGUGGUAAGACAAGACAUUGAAUGUAUUACAGACUCCACCUAAAAGACUGACACUGCUUCAGGACACAGAAGAAAAGCAAAUGAAAACCAAUAAACAGGGAAAACCUUACAUUUUAGGGAAAACCAAAGAAGAUCCUAUUUUGCCUCCCCCCUAUUAAAUUUGCAACCCUAAAGUUGGGGGCUAUAUUCAGUGUUCUUUGAUGCUGGGUAAUAUAAGAAAGAAAAUAGGUCUUGGGCUGCUUGUUCUUAUAUGAUUGUAUAUUGGUACAGUUUACUAGUGGUCAGUUUAUCAAAAUGUACCAGUUGCUCGACAGUACUUACGUACUUAGUUGGGUAUUUCUAAGGAAUGUCUCUCUGAACAUUAUCAGACAUGUGCAAAGAACUUUGUAUAAAGAAAAAUGUCGUGUUGCUUCUAAUAGAUAUUCAAAACAAUCUGAAUAUCCAACAGUUGUAGGUAAGUUGAGGUUUAGUUAUAAUUACGUUGUAAAACAAUCAACUGAAGAUCGUAUUUUCACAUAAUAAUAUCCUAAGGAAAUUGUUGUCUGAAGUGUAAA